AUGGCGAAUUAUCUCUCCCUGCCUAUCCUCGAUGAACUUGUGCGAUUCGCCGAGGAGGAUGCAUUGUAUGAAGAUUCGAUUAAGGCGAUGGCGUCAGGCGUUCUCAACUAUUAUUUUCCAGCGACAAAUGGUUUUACAGUCGCCCCAGAGCAAAACCGACAGGGGAAUAUCGCGGAUUUUAUCAUCCUCCGGAUCCAACGUCGGUUCCCCGGUGACCGCGGUGUCGUCGAUCACACCGUAGCUGAAGCCAAAAGAGAUACCGACUCCGUCACAGCUGCUUUGGAGCAGCUUGAGAAUGCCCUCGAACAAGCCAAUACUGAAUUUGGCAGGUGCCGGGCAAUGCUGAUUCAUGGGUGCAACUUUCAAUUUUUCGAGUAUCACAUUCACCUGCCUGCGGGUGAACGGCUUAUCCCAUGGGGUCCUCCGAAUCAACCGUCGCAGAAUUUGUUCCAUGGUCGAAAUGAUAGCGUAACUAUCGAUUGGAUGCUGCGUCAUAUGGACAAAACAACACUCCACCAGCACGCUAGUGGCUGCUCACGCUGCCAUGGAGACAUCACAACGAUGGGAAUAAGAGGCUUGUUGAAAUGUAACAUUGGUGAAGGGGUAUUGGAGGCAGAUGACUUUGUAUUUGCUUGUUUGCUAGUAGCUGAUUAUGCAUAUUCAAGAAUAUCUCAUCUCAGGGAAUAUCAUGAAUCAUCCAACCCGUAUGCUACACCGGCAAAUGCGCCAUUAAAGCGAAUUGUAAAAUUAAUCAAGCGAGUCUUCACCAGAAAACCGCCGGGUUAUGUGAUUGAUGCCUCCAGGAACGAGUUCUGUGCAAAGCUUGCCGUUUUUGCAAUCAAAACAAAUAACCUGAGAAUCUGCCUGCGGUUCAGAUCUCACACCGGCACAUUCAGUGUGUCUACAGGCGUAACAGGACGGGCAAUAAACCCAGUUCCCGCGAAGUCUAUUCUUCUUCCCACAGCAGGGCACGGAGUGCUUAAAACUUCGUAG